UGUGGUUACUUUAUGCUCUGUUUAGUCUCUUAUUAAUGAUGUUUUGAUUGGGUUUAUCUUUGGAGAGCUGCUGUUAGUGUGGUCUGCAACAAGUUUUUGCGGAUUUUGAUGAUUGAUAAAUCUUUAUGUUGGUAUUUAAUAUUUGAUUUUUUUUACUAUUUAACUUGAGUUUGUAUUUUUAUAAGAUCAUAUGGAUUUGGUUGAAGAUAUUUUAUGUAGUGUUUUAAAUUUGGAAAAUAUUUUAAUAUUUAUAUUAGACUAUAAUUAUAUUUUAGGAUGUCUAUUUAUAAUUUAUUUAGUAUUUUAUUUUAAAAUAGUUCUUCUGGUUGAACUACUGGUGAGACCGGUUGGAAUAAUAAACCAAUAAACUAGUAGCUAGAACGGUUUGAUGACCGGUUCGAUUUUCAGAACUUUGUUAAAAAUGCAGCUUAAAUGAAAGUUGGAGCUGAGGUUUCCGCCCUAUCAGAACCCACAAAAUUCCCACUAAAGUGAAAUUGCUUAAAUGCCGAGUUAAAUCUCAUAAUCUUGAACUUGCACUCCAACAUCAAAGUGAUUCAUAAAGUUAAUUACUCAAAUUUGUCUUUGAAAUUGUCCCCUGAGACUCAUAAUAGUCCCUAAAAUAAUUUUCGUCCAUCUUUACCAUCGAAAGGAUUGAACUUAGUUUUGUAUUUAAAAAAUCCCUUUUGAGUCCCCCUCCCCAACCACGCACUAUUCUUCUUAAGCUGGGCCUCCAACCCUAACCCAACCCUAACCCAACCCUAACAACUACUCUCACAUGCACCGCUGUUACGCCGCCAUGACCAACUCCCUUCUCUCUCACUCUCUCUUCUCCACCAACCACCACCUCCUCCACCGCAUCAACAACCUCUCCAACUCUUAAUUUGCAAAUUCAUCAUCGCUCUCGGCAAUCGUGGCGAUAUCAGGCGCACCAUUCACUGGUUCCACAAAGCCAAGAGCUUUUCACAUGGCCGAUGCUUGUUAUUCUGUAACGCCGUCUUGGGUGUUCUUGUAAGAGCCAAUCAGAUCAAUUUGUCAAAGUCUAUCUUUGACCAGGUUGUGGAGGAGGGUGUGUUUGAGCUCGAUGUGUUCACUUAUACCACACCAUGAUUAGGGGCUUUUGCAAAAUUGGCAUGGUCCACAGUGCACUCAAGGUGUUCGAUGAAAUGCGCUGUGCGCCCAAUUCGGUUUCUUACAACACUUUGAUUCACGGGUUUUGCAAGAACGGUGAUUUGGAGGGUGCCAAGAGGGUUUUUGAUAGAAUGGUGGAAGUAAGGGGUCAGAGUUGCAAGCCGGAUAUGGUGACUUAUACUACUUUGAUUGAUUGAUAUUCAAAGAAAGGCGAGUUCCGCGAAGCUUUGAAGUGUAUGGAGGAAAUGGUAAAACAGGGUUGUCAUCCAAAUGUGUUGACUUACAAUACUUUGAUUGAAGGCCUUUGCUUGGGUGGGAAUGUGGAGGAGGCCAUGAAGAUGUUGACUAGGAUGUGAUUGAAUGGUUUAGAAGACAAUGUUACCAUAAACACCAACAUCAUGAAGGGUUUUUGCAUUGUGGGGAGGUUUGAAGAAUCUAUCAUGCAUCUGAAGAAAAUGGACGUCGUUGCAGUCCUCUCUAAUGGCAAGGAUGAACGGAAAUUAUUUUAGGGACUAUUAUGAGUUUUGGAGGACAAUUUCAGAACAAAUUUGCAUAGUUAUUAACUUCAGGGAUCAUUUUACCGCUCGAAUGCAAGUUCAGGAACUACUUUGAGAUUUAACUCCUUAAAUGCCACUCGUAUAAGAUGUGAAAGAUCCCUAAUUUUGAACCUCUCUCUCAAACGGCUCCGCGACACUCUCAUCUACCCCUCCAUCUCUCCAACCACGCUCUGGCCCUCUCCCCCCUUUCUGUCGCCAACACCAACCACGCCGUCGCCAUCGUCAGUCGCUGAAGUCUGAAUGUCUCCCGUGCAAGCUUCGCCGUCGCCUUCCCGUCGUUCCCAUGAGCCACCGUCGCUGAAGGUCUACCGUGCAGAAGGUCUCACAUCAACCAGCGCCGUCGCCUUCCUUUCCCUUCACUGCGGAAGGUCUCCCGUCACCAUUGCCGAACCUCUCCUGUGGCCGUCACCGAAGCUCUCCCGUCUCCCUUGCGUCACUGAACCUGUUCUCGCCGGCAAAGACCUUCCAGUUGAAUUUCGCAUUUGAUAAGCGACAGUUGCAGAUUAACUUUCAUUUGUUUUCAACUUGACAAGGCCUUUUCCAAGCUCUAUCUGAUUGAAAAAUGAAGCACAUUGUGAAGAUUUUCUCAUUGGUGGUGGCCAUCACUGCAUUAUGGAUUGGCCUCUUACAAUCAUCUGUUAUUCCACGUAGUCAUACUUGUCUGCUACCAGGCUAUUUUGUUGUGUCUUUAGGAUGUUAUGGUCUGUUAAUGGUUGGAGUUGGUCUGAUGAAUUUCCCAACUUGUCCUCAAGAAGCUCUGCUGUUGCAAGAGGACAUUGUGGAGGCCAAGGAAUAUCUGAAGCAAAGAGGAGUUGAUGGUAGCUCUAGCUGAAUAAUAAUUUGUUGAUUCAGAAUUAGCUGCUAACAAUUACUUAAUGGGAGUAGCAAAGAAUUUUGUCAAA